ACCGCCAUUUUGAAAGUCUUGUUGAUUCGGGGAGUAGGGCGCGCGGCGAGAGCAUCACGCCGGAGCGCGGCCCUCACGCUCUCUCCUCUCUGUCAGCCUCCGGAGCCUCGUCGAACCUCUCGGAACCUUCCAGUGCCUCACGCGCCAGGCUCGCGGCGGCCGGGAGCCCGCGGUCCUCAAGAUGUCCUCGCCGGCCCCCACUGCGGAGGAAGAGGACACCGCCGCCCAGCCCGCAUCCGAGAAGGAGCCCGACAUGCCCGGCCCGAGAGCGGAGAGCGAGGAGGAGGAGGAGGAGGAAGAAGAGGACGACGAGGAGGAUGAGGAGGAAGAGAAAGAAAAGAGUCUCAUCGUGGAAGGCAAGAGGGAAAAGAAAAAAGUAGAGAGGUUGACCAUGCAAGUCUCUUCCUUACAGAGGGAGCCAUUUACAAUUGCACAGGGAAAGGGACAGAAACUUUGUGAAAUUGAAAGGAUACAUUUCUUUCUGAGUAAGAAGAAAACAGAUGAACUUAGAAAUCUUCACAAACUACUUUACAACAGACCAGGCACAGUGUCCUCAUUAAAGAAGAAUGUGGGUCAGUUCAGUGGCUUUCCUUUUGAAAAAGGAAGUACCCAGUAUAAAAAGAAGGAAGAAAUGUUGAAAAAAUUUAGAAAUGCCAUGUUGAAGAGCAUCUGUGAAGUGCUUGAUUUGGAGAGAUCGGGUGUGAAUAGCGAGCUAGUGAAGAGGAUCUUGAACUUCCUAAUGCACCCAAAGCCUUCUGGCAAACCACUGCCAAAGUCUAAGAAGACUCCUAGCAAAGGAAGUAAAAAGGAACGCAAUAGUUCUGGAUCGGCGAGGAAAGCGAAACAAACCAAAUACCCUGAGAUUCUGUCAGAUGAGUCUAGUAGUGAUGAAGAUGAAAAGAAAAACAAGGAAGAGUCUUCAGAGGAUGAAGAUAAAGAAAGUGAAGAGGAGCCACCAAAAAAGACAUCUAAAAAAGAAAAACCUAAGCAGAAAGCUGCUGCUAAAAGUAAAAAAUCUGUAAAAAGUGCUAAUGUGAAGAAAGCAGAUAGCAGCACCACAAAGAAGAACCAGAACAGUUCCAAGAAAGAAAGCGAAUCUGAGGAUAGUUCGGAUGAUGAACCUUUAAUUAGAAAAUUGAAGAAACCACCUACAGAUGAAGAGUUAAAGGAAACAAUCAAGAAAUUGUUGGCCAACGCUAACUUGGAGGAAGUCACAAUGAAGCAAAUCUGUAAAGAGGUGUAUGAAAGUUAUCCUGCUUAUGACUUAACCGAAAGAAAAGAUUUCAUAAAAACAACUGUUAAAGAACUAAUCUCUUGAGCCUGUGAUAGAGGAAGAGGCAGAGGAUGUGUUCGCAUCCAUCUGAAGAUCUGAUGUGUACCCUUAUACCAGCAAAGAGAAUGUAACUCCUUUUCUAAAUCCUUGCUAAGUAUUGUUGGCAGAACUAAACUGCUGACCUUUUACUGUCUUGAGUGUCACGUAAAAUUGAGUUUG